AUGACAACAUAUGAGAAAAUUGUCAAGGGUGCUACUAAGGUCAAAGUGGCAGCACCGAAACCAAAAUAUAUUGAACCGAUUCUUAUGAGUACCCUGAUAGAUCAUUCGGUAGAAGCAGAAAAUUUCGUCACUAUAAUGAAAGCGUUACGAAGUAGGCUCCAAGACAGUGCGUGGUCGGUUGUGUAUAAGCUGUUGAUCGUAAUUCAUAUUAUGAUUAGGGAAGGUGAUCGAGAUGUUACGUUGAAUUAUCUCGUUAAUAAGGAUCCUAAUAUGCUUAAUUUAGCCCACUCAAACAUUACCAAAAACCACAACCAUAACCCUGACGUUCGAUUUAUUGUGAAAUAUGCCAAAUAUUUACAUACGAGAGUCAAACAGUAUGAAUCAACAGGCAUUGACUAUGUGAGAGAUGAGCGUGCUAAUAAUAGCACUGGACAAGAUGGAGGAAGAUUGCGUACGUUGACAAUUGAAAAAGGCUUAUUAAGAGAAUGUGAGAGUGUUCAGAAACAAAUAGAUGCAUUAUUGAAAAAUAACUUCAUGGAAAAUGAAAUUAACAACGAUAUUGUUUUAACCGCAUUUAGGAUGCUAGUCAAUGACUUGUUAUCAUUGUUUCAAGAAUUAAACGAAGGUGUGAUUAAUAUCUUGGAACAUUAUUUUGAGACUUCAAAGGUUGAUGCUGAAAGGGCACUCAGAAUUUAUAAGAAAUUUGUCGAUCAGACCAAGUAUGUUAUUGAUUAUUUGAGAGUUGCCAAGCACCUUGAGUAUGCAACAAAAUUACAUGUUCCAACAAUCAAGCAUGCACCAACUGCAUUGACUUCAUCUUUAGAAGAGUAUUUGGAUGAUCCAAACUUUGAAGUGAACAGACGACAAUACUUGGCUGGAAAACAGACGGAAGGAAAGGAGCCUACUGAUGGUUUUCCUGUACAACAGCUGCAGCCACAACAAAGUUCACCAAAGCAAGAUGUUCAAUCGUCACAAUUUCAGUCUCCGCAAUAUCAAACUCAGCAACAAGUUCAACCUCAGCAGCACGUUCAACCUCAGCAGCACGUUCAACCUCAGCAGCACGUUCAACCUCAGCAGCACGUUCAACCUCAGCAGCANGUUCAACCUCAGCAGCACGUUCAACCUCAGCAGCACGUUCAACCUCAGCAGCACGUUCAACCUCAGCAGCACGUUCAACCUCAGCAGCAUGUUCAUCCUCAGCAGCAUGUUCAUCCUCAGCAACAAGUUCAACCUCAACAAGUAGCUAGUCCAGAUAUACAGAGAACUAAUUCAUUAAUUGUUCAACAAUCUACAUUUAAUCCUUGGGGCUCAAACUUGCAACCGCAACAGGUACAGAUGUUACCACAAGGUGCCCUACCUGCUGGCUCUUCCUUUGCCACAUUACCGGCAAUUUCGCAAGGUCUGGCAUAUCAACAUAAUGGUAUUCAACAGCAACCCCUGCAACAAAAUGGUUUAACCUCUACAUUUACCGGCGCCGGUUUUGGUGGUUAUGGAUCACAACUUCAACAGCAAACAACAGGUGGAAAUCCCUUCUCACAAAAUUCUGUGACAGGCCCCACACAAAGUUUUGAUAAUUUCGCUUCUCAGCAACAACAACAACAACAACAACAACAACAACAACAACAAUAUCAGCAGCAGCUUCAACUUCAACAUCAGCAGCAGCAACAACUUCAACGUCAACAAAGUAUGCAUUCUGGGAUAUCAAGGGCCAAUACUAAUCCAUUUUCGAAUUUAAAUUCGUCUCUGACAAAUCAACAAUUACAUUCCACGAACACUGGUUCGAAUCCAUUUUUUAAUACUAGAUUUUCACAAAACAGUUCUACUACGCCAUUAUCAUUCGUGAAUGACCAACCACAACAAGUUACAAGUACUUCUACAGGCUCUAAUCCGUUCAAAGUUUCUGAAACAACGAGUAAUCUUUUUAAUAAUGCUAGCAAUGGACCUCAACCGCAAUUGAAGCCACAACCAACUGCCGGUGGGUUGGAAAAUUUACCUACUGUUCCCGUUUUUCCAGACACUCAGCAAGAGUCUCAAAAACAAUACUACUUGAAUAACGCAAGAAUAGAAUUACAACAACAAAUGACUAAUAAUCAGCAAUUUCCUCAACAACCAUCCCAACAGCAGCAAUGGAAUCAACCACAUCAAUUUCAACAGACGCAACCUCAAUAUACACAAAACUAUCAGCAGCCACAACAGACAUCAAUGUACAAUAAUACUUAUGAAGGACCAAGUUUAAUCUAA